CCCGCCGGAUGGCGGCGGCGGGCGCGGCGGCCGCCCCGGCGCUGUAUGCGUGCACCAAGUGCAACCAGCGGUACCCGUUCGAGGAGCUCUCGCAGGGCCAGCAGCUGUGCAAGGAGUGCCGCAUCGCCCACCCCAUCGUGAAGUGCACCUACUGCCGCUCCGAGUUCCAGCAAGAGAGCAAAACCAACACAAUAUGCAAGAAAUGUGCCCAAAACGUGAAGCAGUUUGGAACGCCCAAGCCUUGUCAGUAUUGUAACAUUAUUGCAGCAUUUAUUGGCACAAAAUGCCAGCGUUGCACCAACUCAGAGAAGAAGUAUGGCCCGCCCCAGACCUGUGAGCAGUGCAAACAGCAAUGUGCUUUUGAUCGAAAAGAGGAGGGAAGAAGGAAGGUUGAUGGAAAGUUGUUGUGUUGGCUCUGCACGCUGUCCUACAAGAGAGUGCUACAGAAGACAAAAGAACAGAGAAAGAGCCUGGGAUCUUCACAUUCUAACUCCUCAUCCUCAUCUCUUACUGAGAAAGACCAGCAUCAUUCAAAACACCACCACCAUCACCACCAUCAUCAUCGUCACAGCAGCAGUCAUCAUAAAAUCAGCAAUCUGAGUCCAGAACAAGAUCAGGGACUAUGGAAACAGAGCCAUAAAUCCUCUGCAGCUAUUCAGAAUGAAACUCCAAAGAAAAAACCCAAACUGGAAUCCAAGCCAUCAAAUGGAGAUAGUAGCUCUAUAAAUCAGUCUGCAGACAGUGGAGGAACUGACAACUUUGUCCUCAUAAGUCAACUGAAAGAAGAAGUAAUGUCACUUAAACGUCUUCUGCAGCAAAGAGAUCAGACUAUUUUAGAGAAAGAUAAAAAGUUGACAGAAUUGAAGGCAGAUUUCCAGUACCAAGAGUCUAACUUGAGGACAAAGAUGAACAGUAUGGAGAAAGCUCACAAGGAAACUGUGGAACAGUUGCAGGCCAAAAACAGAGAACUGCUCAAACAGGUCGCAGCAUUGUCCAAGGGUAAAAAGUUUGAUAAAAGUGGGAGUAUCCUCACAUCUCCUUGAGGAACUGGUUCUUCGUGGGGUUUGCUACUCAAUGUACAUUUGAGUAAUUCUGUGAAGCCCUUAAAAUCCUGUGUAGUGGAAAAAAUAUUUUUGCACACCAGAUUAGUUGGCAUGUUUCCUACAUGUUUUUAUAAUUAAUAUGCAGCAUUUUUUAGUUACUGUUCAGAUUAAAUACUUCAACUGGCUUGAAGAAUGUUUUUAUUUUUUUGAUAUUGGAAACCUUUUGCCAGCAAUAGUAUUAAACAAUUGCAUAGAGAACAUAGCAGUGCUCUCUCUGAAAGGACAACAUGCAAUAACAAACUAGGUGUACUUUUUACAAAGUAGCAACUGAGUCUUUUAAACUACAAUGAUGUCAGCCAAAAGUUCAUGAAUCUGCAGUGACACUGAACACUGGCUUCUGGCAACCGUUCUUUUACUUUGUAUGAAAAUAUAAAUUUGGAAUGGAAAUCAUGGUGCUCUCAAGUGGAACUGAAAAGAGGCUUAUAUGUAUGUGUAAAUACGGCUGUAACGGUUAUAUUCUUUGUUAUAACAAGUAAUUAGUGUUUUACCUUCUUGUGAUAGGGACUGACUGAAAGAUUAUCUAUUGUACAGUAACAGAGGCAGUGUGGUUUUUGUAAGAUUUACUGUAGACUUUUCUUGCAAGUGCCUUUCUCCAACUGUUUAUUUAUAGGAAUGUUGGUAUUUUGUACAUAAGGUUUUUAUGUUUUAAAAAUCAUGUUUAAUAAAUGUUUUAUGUAAAUAUAAAUGUGUGUACAGAGGAAUCUGAAACAAAGAUCAAAGUGGCUAGUGCAGUGCUCGAGGCAGCAUUAAGAGCUGGCUAGCUGAUUGAUGGACAGUGGGUAUUGGCUUUAGAUAACCUUUGUAGCUUGUGUCUGUGAGGUGUAGAAUUUUAUUAGUGCUGCUUAUGCCAAACACUUCCUGAACAAAAAACCAAUUUUUUUUUUUUUGCCACACUGGAGUUUUGUGGUUUGUUUAUACAUUUUUCCCAUUUGGCACAGCACUAAUUUUAAUUCCAUAGCAGACAUUGUACUCCAAUGUUACAUCCUUUGAUAGUGAUACACAGUCAAAGUUUUAAUUGCGUUUAUUUCCCAUUGUCUGGUUUAAUGUACUUGGUUGUAACUUAUGGUGAUUCUUCUUAAUGAAUUACAAGAUUCAUAUCCCCCACUGAAGAUGCACACUGAGAAAAGAGUAGCCAAAACUGAAAUUAAUUAAGGGAAGUCUUGAAAUUAAUUAAGGGAACGGAUGUGGUGUCAUAGGGUGGGUUUUAAUGUUUUGGGUGGAUUUUCAUUCUAAAUUACAUCAGUUUAAGGUUAGCUCUGCUCCUAAUGGACAUGAGUCAUAUUCAGAAAUUUCUAUUAAACAAUAAUUUAGUAUACCCCAAGGUAUCUGUUCAGGAAGGUAAGUUAUGAAUCAGCAUAAAAGGAAGUAGACUUACAUGGGUAAAGGUUUAAGUAAGCUCUGGAUACUGACU